AUGCAUGAAUUGUAUCUCUGGCCCUUUGCGGAAGCUGUUCGAGCUGGCGUGGGCGCGUGUAUGUCCUCAUACAACGCUAUCAAUGGCUCUGCCGCUAGUCAGAAUAGCUACGUGCAGAAUUAUCUUCUGAAAGAGGAGUUGGGAUUCCAGGGGUUCGUGAUGUCCGACUGGCUCGCCCAGAUUUCUGGUGUGCCCUCUGCACUAGCUGGACUUGACAUGGCUAUGCCAGGAGAUACGAUGAUUCCCCUAUUUGGGUACAGCUACUGGAUGUACGAGCUGACCCGGUCAGCCCUGAAUGGCUCAGUACCCAUGGACAGGAUCAAUGACAUGGCAACGAGAAUUGUCGCAGCUUGGUACCAGAUGGGCCAGGAUCAGGAUUAUCCGCCUCCUAACUUUUCCUCAAAUACGGCUGAUGCCACUGGCCCACUCCACCCGGCUGCUCUUUUCUCUCCAUAUGGUGUUGUCAACCAGUACGUCAACGUUCAGUCAGAUCACUACAAAGUUGCUAGACAAGUUGCGCAAGAUGCAAUCACUCUACUGAAGAAUGAUGGCAAUUUGCUACCACUGUCUACUUCUGCUCCCUUAAAAGUCUUUGGCACGGAUGCUGCGGUCAAUCCUGAUGGAGCAAAUGCUUGUGCCGACCGAAACUGCAACAAGGGAACGCUCGGUAUGGGCUGGGGUAGUGGAACAGCUAAUUACCCAUACUUUGAUGCUCCGAUCGAUGCCCUCAAGCGCAACGCUGCCGAUGUUACGUACUAUAAUACCGACUCAUUCCCGUCUGUCCCUACUCCAGGGGCUGAUGAUGUCGCCAUAGUCUUCAUCUCUUCGGACUCCGGCGAGAAUCAGUAUACCGUUGAGGGUAACGCUGGAGACCGCAACUCGGCGGGAUUAGCUGCAUGGCAUAGUGGCGACAAGCUGGUCCAGCAGGCAGCAGCAAAGUACAGCAACGUCGUCGUGAUUGUACACACCGUUGGCCCGCUCGUACUUGAGCCGUGGAUUGAGCUACCCUCCGUCAAGGCAGUCGUCUUUGCUCAUCUGCCAGGUCAGGAGGCUGGCGAAUCUUUGACAAAUGUACUCUUUGGCACUGUUUCUCCCAGUGGCCAUUUGCCCUACAGCAUCCCCGUUUCCGAAGACGACUACCCUGAUAGUACACAGCUGACUGGGUUUGCGUUCGGUCAGCCGCAAGAUACGUUUCUUGAAGGACUUUACAUUGAUUAUCGUGCCCUCAAUAAAGCAGGCACCAAGCCGCGUUUCGCUUUUGGUCAUGGCUUGUCGUACACCAACUUCAGCUACACCGACGCAAAGAUCACCAAAGUCACCCAGCUCAGCACAGUUCCUCCAGCACGACCAGCCAGAGGCUCUACUCCGGCGUACAGCUCCGCAAUUCCGGCCGCCUCGGAGGCCUACGAGCCCACAGGCUUCAGCAAGGUUUGGCGGUAUCUGUACAGCUGGCUGAGCAAGUCAGACGCCGACGCCGCAGCUGCGGUCGCGGGCACAAAUACGUACAGCUACCCUGAUGGCUACAGCACGAAGCAGCAGGCCGGGCCGGCAUCCGGUGGCGCUCAAGGCGGUAACGCAGCACUGUGGGACGUAGCCUACACAGUCGGCGUAACGGUGACCAACACGGGAUCCGAUUAUUCUGGCAAGGCGGUCGCACAGGCGUACGUGCAGUUCCCGGAUGGCAUCCCGUACGAGACUCCCAUCAUCCAGCUCCGUGACUUUGAGAAGACGGCCACGUUGGCGCCGGGCGAGAGCACCACGAUCGAGCUGAGUCUUACAAGGAAGGAUGUCAGUGUCUGGGACGUGGAGUUGCAGAACUGGGUAGUACCCGAGGUGGACGGGGCGUAUAAAAUCUGGGUCGGCGAAGCGAGUGAUGCUCUGUUCCUGGCGUGCGAUGCGGCUGAGUUGAGCUGCGAGGAUGGCCUGGAUAGUCCCGUGUAA